AUGAUUAUCAUUGUCUUGUUGGUGUGUACCUUUCUCAAUGGUCAGGGGCUAUCAACUGACGGGAGAAGUAAAGAUGUCACUCAAGAAGGGAGUACAGUGGAAAGAUCAGCUUCAGGUGCUCCCGCAGAUUGUUGUGGACUUCCGGGUCGGGAUGGUCGGGACGGACGAGACGGAAUCCAGGGGCCUUAUGGGCCGCCCGGACCACCUGGGCAGAAAGGGCCUCCAGGACCUCAGAGUGUGAUAAAUCUGGACAAUCAGUUGGACAAGAUUUUCCAGACUCUCGUAGAACGAUUGGUUGGUGCCAACUUCGGCCGUUCUGGUGUGAACACCGGAGACGGUACAACGGGAACAGAGGAAGACACAAAAUCCAUAAGUCAUGUGCUGAGCGCCAAGCGAAUCAGUAAGAAGUAUGAUUUUUACCUGCUUAGAUGUAUAAAGGCUGGCUCUUACUACAAGCAUACAGUUGUGUCUCCCACUGGAUCCCAGUUCAACAAAACCUACCCUGGACAUCAAUCCAAAUCGUAUCUGUAUGGAACUGAGUUUGAGAUAAGUUCUGGGAAUGAUGUCUUCCGCACAACAAACUCGGGGGGAGUCCUUCCUCAUAACAGAGAGGCUCAGUGUGCUGUGUGUUAUACUCCGGGAAGGUUGAGUCAUCUGAUGAUCCCAGCCCGACUCGAGUGUCCAUCGGGAUGGACCGUGGAGUACCUGGGAUUUCUUAUGUCCCAACACCACACGUACCACAAGUCUGAGUACGUGUGCGUGGACCAGGAUCCAGAUACUCAUCCCGCCACCGCUCCCGACCUAAAUGGAAAUCUCCAGUACGUGGUGGAGGCGGCGUGUGGCUCACUACCUUGCCCACCAUAUGUGGACGGUUAUGAGAUUACCUGUGUCGUUUGCACAAAAUAA